UUCGCGCAUCGCCGGCCGUCGUAGUCGACUGUUGAGGGGUCACUACGAAUCGCCGGAAUAUUUUCAGUGCCCGAAUUUUUUCUUCCUUUCCUUAUUGCUUCAAAACUGUUGUGUAAGGAUAUCACUUGUCUGUGAAAGUGCGGACCGUUGGUAGUGUUGUCACCGGACACAGUUUUGUAAAUCUCUCGAACUUACUUUGAGGUAUGGAGUGGGAAGGGCCGCCCAAGCAAGGCUUGUACGACCCCCAGAACGAGCACGAGGCGUGUGGCGUUGGCUUUGUUGUUGCUAUCGACGGGAAACGUACUCAUAAAAUCGUCCGCGAUGCCGAGGUGCUGGCGAAGCGCAUGGAGCACCGCGGCGCGUGCGCGUGCGACAACGACACCGGCGACGGCGCAGGCGUGCUGACCGCCAUCCCUCACCACUUCUACUGCGCUCAGCUUAGAGACACCCACCAAAUCGACCUGCCGCCAUUCGGGAAGUACGCCACAGGCAUCUUCUUCCUGGACAAGCUUCAUCAUCAGGACAUCGAGGACCGGUUCGGGGCGCUAGCAGAAAGCCUCGGGCUCCGCGUGCUCUGCUGGAGAACCGUGCCCACUAACAACUCCACUAUUGGUCAGGUGGCCCGUAACUCGGAGCCAUAUAUGCGCCAAGUGUUUGUUACCGGAGAUAUCAGCGACGAGAACCAACUCGCCCGUCAGGUGUUCGUGCUGCGCAAACGUGCGUCUCACGAAUUGGUGGUGCCCGGAGCGAGGUUCUACAUCUGCAGUCUUUCGCUGAAGACUGUUGUGUACAAGGGUCUGCUAACCUCCAAUCAGCUAUGGGAGUACUUCAAAGACCUGAGCAACCCAGCGUUCACCACGUAUCUGGCGUUGGUCCACACGCGGUUCUCCACCAACACUUUCCCCAGCUGGGAAAGAGCACACCCUUUGAGAGUACUUGCCCACAAUGGCGAAAUAAAUACAUUACGAGGUAACGUCAACCUGAUGAAGGCUCGCGAGGGUGUCAUGAAAAGCGAUCUCUUCGAGGAUUCUGAACUGAAGAAGCUAUACCCAGUAGUGGAGCCGAAUCUCUCAGACUCCGGUUCAGCGGAUUGCGUCCUUGAAUUCCUGCUCCAUUGCGGUCAACGAACUCUUCCCGAAGCAGUGAUGACAAUGGUGCCAGAAGCGUGGCACAAUGACGCCACUAUGCCUCCGGAGAAGAGGGACUACUACCAGUGGGCGUCCUGCGCUAUGGAGCCUUGGGACGGACCAGCCUUAGUGUCCUUCACUGAUGGACGCUACAUCGGUGCCAUUCUGGACAGGAACGGUCUGCGGCCGUCCCGGUUCUACGUAACCAGUGAAAAUAUACUUGUGAUGGCUUCUGAGGUCGGCGUUUACGAUGUCGACCCCGAGAAGGUUAUUUUGAAGAGUCGUCUCAAGCCUGGCCGUAUGUUGCUAGUGGACACUGAAGAGAAGAAGAUCAUCCAAGAUGUGGAACUGAAGCUCAAAAUUGCCAAGAGUCGACCGCACUCGCAGUGGCUCAAGGAACAGAUAACGAUGGAAGACAUCCACAAGUCGGUGGCGGCGGAGAAUGGCACGGUGGUCCAUAAUGGUGGCGGCGCGCAGAACGGCGCCAUAUUCGGGUUGUCAGACAAGCGGCUCAGCCUGUUCGGAUACACCAUCGAGGCCAUCAACAUGCUCUUGCUGCCCAUGAUUCAGAAUAAGAAAGAAGCCCUGGGCAGUAUGGGUAACGACGCCCCAUUGGCGUGUCUGUCGCAGUUCCAGCCGCUGCCAUACGAGUACUUCAAGCAGCUGUUCGCGCAGGUCACCAACCCGCCCAUUGAUCCGUUCAGGGAGAAGAUAGUGAUGUCCCUGCUGUGUCCGAUAGGGCCGGCAGCCAACAUCCUAAACCCAAGCGCAGCAUUCGUGCACCGGAUAUUCUUGUCACAGCCCAUACUGUCUCUCCCGGACCUGCGCGCGCUUAAACUGACCAACCAUCGCGGCUGGAGGACGAAAGUUCUAGACUGCACGUUUGCGCACUCCGACGGCCCUACAGGACUGGAGCCAGCUUUGACCUUCAUCGCGGCGGAGGCUGAGGCGGCCGCGCGGGACGGGUACCAGCUGCUCGUGCUGUCUGACCGCGCCGCCGGCCCGGACAGGGUGCCUGUCAGUUCGCUGCUUGCUCUAGGUGCGGUGCAUCACCAUCUGAUCGAGACCCGUCAGCGUAUGAAGGUUGGCAUCAUUGUGGAAACCGCUGAAGCUAGGGAGGUGCACCACAUGUGCGUCCUACUUGGCUACGGCGCCGACGCGAUCUGCCCGUACUUAGCGUUCGAGCUAGCGUUCGCUCUACGAAACGACAACAUACUAGACCCCACACUGACCGACGAGGACAUCUACCAAGCGUACCAGAAGGCCAUCGAAACGGGCUUGGCUAAAGUCAUGGCCAAGAUGGGCAUCAGUAUGCUGCAGUCCUACAAGAGUGCCCAGAUAUUCGAGGCUGUGGGCUUGAAUGAGGAUGUGAUUGAUAAAUGCUUCAAAGGAACGCAAUCGAGGAUUGGUGGCGUGAACUUCGAAAUCCUGUCGAAAGAGAUUUUCGACAGACACGCUCUGACCUACAGUGACGUCAAAGACGCCCUGGUUUUGAGGAACCCCGGCAACUACCACUGGCGCGCUGGUGGGGAGAGGCACAUCAACGACCCGAUGUCCAUCGCCAACCUGCAGGAGGCGGCGCUCAAUAACAGCAAGAACGCAUACGACAAGUUUAGGGAAAGCUCCCUAGAAUCUGUGCGGGCUUGCACCCUGCGUGGGCAGCUCGAGCUGGUGAAACUAGACGAGCCCAUCCCGCUGAGCGAGGUGGAGCCUGCCUCUGAGAUCGUCAAGAGAUUCGCUACAGGUGCUAUGUCCUUCGGGUCCAUUUCCCUGGAGGCGCACACAUCCCUGGCUAUCGCCAUGAACCGCAUCGGAGGCAAGUCCAACACCGGCGAGGGUGGUGAAAACGCCGAUAGAUACUUGAACCAGGACCCUGAGUUCAACAAGCGGUCAGCUAUCAAGCAAGUGGCAUCAGGCAGGUUUGGUGUGACGGCGUCGUACCUAGCCCACGCUGAUGACUUGCAGAUCAAGAUGGCGCAGGGGGCCAAGCCGGGCGAGGGCGGGGAACUGCCAGGUUACAAGGUAACCGAAGACAUCGCAAAGACCCGGUGCUCGGUCCCCGGCGUGGGGCUGAUUUCGCCGCCGCCGCACCACGACAUCUACUCCAUAGAGGAUCUGGCAGAGCUCAUAUACGACCUCAAGUGCGCCAAUCCGCGCGCCAGGAUCUCGGUCAAGCUCGUGUCUGAGGUCGGCGUGGGGGUUGUAGCUUCUGGAGUCGCUAAGGGCAAAGCAGAGCACAUUGUAAUAUCGGGACACGACGGCGGCACCGGCGCUAGCUCCUGGACGGGAAUCAAGAGCGCUGGGUUACCGUGGGAGCUGGGAGUGGCUGAGACACAUCAGGUGUUAGUACUAAACGACUUGAGGUCUCGAGUGGUGGUGCAAGCCGACGGUCAGAUCAGGACUGGCUUCGACGUGAUGGUCGCCGCACUGUUGGGAGCUGACGAGUUUGGGUUUAGUACUGCGCCGCUCAUUGCACUCGGUUGCACGAUGAUGCGUAAGUGUCACCUCAACACUUGCCCGGUGGGCAUCGCCACACAGGACCCGGUGCUUCGGGCCAAGUUCGCCGGCAAGCCCGAGCAUGUCAUCAACUACCUCUUCAUGUUAGCCGAGGAGGUCCGCCAACACAUGGCCGAGGUGGGCGUGCGCAGGUUCCAGGACCUGAUCGGGCGCACGGACCUGCUGAAGGUCCGCGAGAACAACGAAAACCCUAAGGCGAGGAUGCUCAACCUGAGUCUCAUACUGAAGAACGCUCUACAUAUGCGCCCCGGAGUGAACAUCAUUGGAGGGUCCAAGUCGCAGGACUUCCAACUAGAGAAGCGCCUGGACAACCAGCUGAUCGAACAGUGCGCCGGGAUACUGGACGGCAGCCAGAAACACGUGGACAUCUCCAUGAGGAUCACCAACGAGGACCGCACCUUCACCUCCACGCUCUCAUACCACAUCGCUAUGAAAUACGGCGACCAUGGUCUCCCGGACGGAUACACAGUGAACAUCUCUCUAGUUGGCUCCGCGGGGCAGAGCUUCUGCGCCUUCCUCUCUAAAGGCAUCACUGUCACGCUGGAAGGAGACGCCAAUGAUUAUGUCGGCAAGGGCUUGUCUGGCGGCACGGUGAUCAUCUACCCUCCCAAGAACUCCCCGUUCGAGUCGCACCUCAACGUUAUCGUCGGCAACGUGUGCCUGUACGGAGCCACAUCCGGAAGGGCUUACUUCAGAGGCAUAGCAUCGGAGCGGUUCUGCGUGCGCAACUCGGGCUGCACGGCGGUGGUGGAGGGCGUGGGCGACCACGGCUGCGAGUACAUGACGGCUGGCACCGUGCUCAUCCUGGGGCUCACCGGCCGGAACUUCGCUGCUGGCAUGAGUGGCGGCAUCGCAUAUGUGUACGACAUCGACGGGUCGUUCAAGGACAAGUGCAACCACGAGAUGGUGGAGCUACUGCCGCUGGAGAAGCAAGAUGAUCUGAACGAGGUCAAACAACUGCUGCAAGAGUUCGUGCAGUAUACCGGCUCACUAAUCGCCGAAGAGUUCCUCAAAACAUGGCCGGCGCCUGCGACUAAGUUCGUGAAAGUAUUCCCCUACGAGUAUCAACGCGCGCUCAAACAGCUGGCGCUCGCUCAGCCCGCGCCGCCCAAGGUGGAAGCCAACGGCAACGAGAACGGAAUACAGGAUAUCGAGGAGGCUGUCAGGGACGUCGAGCUCGAUAAGAAGAAUCUGGAGAAGAUUCUUGAUAAGACCAGGGGCUUCAUAAAAUAUCCGCGCGAGACGUCGAUGUACCGGCCCGCGGAGAAGCGUCUCCGCGACUGGGACGAGAUAUACAACUUCAACCACGUGCGCCGCGGGCUGCGCGUGCAGGCGGCGCGCUGCAUGGAGUGCGGCGUGCCCUUCUGCCAGUCGGGCCACGGCUGCCCGCUGGGGAACAUCAUCCCCAAGUGGAACGACCUCAUCUUCAAGGGGGACUGGAAACAGGCCCUCUACCAGCUGCUGCAGACUAACAACUUCCCUGAGUUCACGGGCCGCGUGUGUCCGGCGCCGUGCGAGGGCGCGUGCGUGCUGGGCAUCUCGGAGCCGCCCGUCACCAUCAAGAACAUCGAGUGCGCCAUCAUCGACAACGCCUUCGAGAGCGGCUGGAUACAGCCCGAUAUCCCGACGCACCGCAACGGCAAGACAGUAGCCGUAGUGGGCUCAGGCCCUGCUGGCUUGGCUUGCGCGCAUCAACUGAACAAGGUGGGCUACACGGUGACGGUGUUCGAGCGCAACGACCGGCCGGGCGGGCUGCUGCAGUACGGCAUCCCCACCAUGAAGCUGGGGAAGGACGUGGUGGCGCGCCGCAUCAAGCUGAUGGCCGCUGAAGGCAUCUCCUUCAAGUGCAACGUCGACGUCGGCAAGGACAUCUCCGCCGGCGAGCUGGUUAACGAAUACAACGCAAUAGUCCUGUGUAUGGGCGCGACGUGGCCUCGCGACCUGCCCCUCAAGGGUCGGCAGCUCAACGGCAUCCACUUCGCAAUGGAGUUCUUGGAGAACUGGCAGAAGAAACAGAUGGGGCCCACGCAGCACCAUCAGAACAAAGACAACCCAGAACUCAGUGCUAAGGACAAGAACGUGCUUGUCAUCGGUGGUGGUGAUACUGGAUGUGACUGCAUAGCGACAUCGCUGCGUCAAGGCGCCAAGUCGAUCACGACGUUCGAGAUCCUCCCCGAGCCGAAGCCGACUCGUGGCCAGGACAACCCGUGGCCGCAGUGGCCGAGAGUCUUCAGAGUGGACUAUGGACACGAGGAGGUGCGGGUGAAGUUCGGAAACGAUCCUAGAAGGUUCUCUACUCUUACCAAGGAGUUCUUAGAUGAUGGUGAAGGCAACGUGUGCGGCGUGUCGGCAGUGGAAGUGGAAUGGACACGCGGCGCCGGCGGCCGCUGGGAGAUGAAGGAACUACCAGGAACUGAGAAGAUAUACAAAGCAGAGUUGGUGCUGUUGGCUAUGGGCUUCCUCGGACCGGAGAGAUACGUCGCCAACCAGCUGGACCUGCCAUUGGACGCGCGCAGCAACGUGGAGACUGACAAGAAGGAUAUUUACAAGACGCCCGUCGGCAACGUGUUCGCCGCUGGAGACUGCCGCCGCGGGCAGUCGCUGGUGGUGUGGGCCAUCGCGGAGGGCCGCCAGGCGGCGCGGGCCGUGGACACGUUCCUGGCGGGCCGCUCCACGCUGCCCGGGCCCGGCGGCGUCAUCUACGACCACUGAGCGCGGCACCGCCGCACCCUGCGCCUGGCGACUGUUCACGGCCAUUGAAUAUACCUACACCUCACCAUACCAACAAAACCCUGUGGCCGACCCUCGCUGCACAAGACAAGCUUGUGGCAUUUAGGUGACGUUGACAUUAGUACGGGUCCCAUCUCCUAAAACAACUGUCAUAAAAUGUAGAAAAACAGCAUCAGUUCCAAUUCUAGCCACGCGCUUAAAGAUGCCACCAGGACCUACCUAUCACUUACAACAUAGCAUUAUUAAAAUGACAGCAGGACAUCGCUUGCGGCCAAACAUUCUCUUUAGCACUGUGUACAGCUUGGAAGGGCAAGUGGAAUUCUCCGCCGUCUUCUGUAUUUCCGAAUGCAUAUAUCCCGGGUGCUUUCAAGGCCAGAGUGAACAGGCACCUUCUAGGCGAGCUCGCUCCAUCUUAGGCCUCGUCAAUGCCUUCGCGCUAGUCUGGGGCCAAGAGCAAACCCAUCAAAGGUAAAAAAGCUUAGUAAGAAAGAGACAACAGGUACGUCGCUCUAAUCAUGCUACAUUGUAAGGGAUAUAAUUAUGUUAGCAUAUCUGUAUGUUGCUUAGAACAUCUUUGAAUAUGAAGUUCCAGAGUCCUUCGGUGUUUUAGUGUAUUCAAGUUUAUUAGAAAUCAUGUGUAUAUCUUUUGAAUACGUUAGCUGAUCUUUUUUGGAUUAGAGGAAGAUUACACCAACGGAUGUAUGUCCAUUUAAUAAAGUAACAACUAUCAACUUAGAAGUAGACAUAGAAUAUCGAUGCAGUCAAAAUACACCUGACAAAGGUACUUCAAGAAAUUAAUUGAAAAUGACAGCCUACUUUGUAAUGAUCUGCGUUUUCCUAUACUAUUUAUUGAUUAUAAAAACAGAUAUGAGAAAAAUACAAAAAAAUACCAAAAAUGUUUUGUUUGGUGAUAUGUAGUGGGGAGAAUAGUUAGAGAUUGCAAUUAUCGUAGGUAGGCUAGGGGAUCGGACAAUAAGUAGAAUGGUCGUGAGAAGUAAAUGAAGGACCAUAGCACCUUGAACGUGCAUCUAGACGCGCCGCGGGAACUGGACGUGCCGCCAUCGGAGUUUGCGGCAUAAUGCGAGCGGCUCGGAUGGGUGCGCGACGUUGCAUACGAUUUCAUACAAAGAUUUCGUCGCCGAUAAUGAAAACCACAGAAGCGCCUUCCUGAAUAAUCACUUUUUUUUUUCAAUUAAUUUAAAAGCAACAUAAACAGCCUAUAUACAUCCCACUACUGAGCACAGCCCCUCAGUCAUCUGGACGGGUAUGAAGCAUACUCCACGCAGCUCCACUGCGGGUUAGUGGAGGUGUUUGGGCUAGUAGCCCGGGACCAACAGCCCGUGCCUUUCAAAGCACGGAAUCAUCUUACUUUUUCGGAUAAACAGAUAAUUCAAGCCUGCAAUGCCCUUACCAAACAAAGGACAGUCUCACGAAAUGAUUUUACAAUUUCCACAUCGCGAAUCGAACCCGGACCUCCAGAUCGUGAGCCCAACGCUCUAAACACUAGACCACGGAGGCUGUUUCAAUUAAUUUCAUUUUGAAUGAAACUUGAUAUCAAAAUUUUAUCCCUAGAUCGAAACUAGCUUGUACAUUGCGAGGUUUUGUUAACAAAAAUCACAACCGAAUGUGAUAUUUCAAAAAAGCGCUUAUAAGGCGACGAUUUAUAAAAUGCGAUUACUUCGGCGCGUGCGGCUGCUUCGGCAUGUCUAGGUGCACUUUAUGUCUACUCUAUAGGAAAGGUAAAGAAACCUUUGUCAGGUUAAUCAUUAGUGCUCUAGUGCAAAACGUAGACUUUGAAAGCUUCGAUUUAUUCAAAAUAUAUCAUCGUUUAAAUAAUAUGUAGAAAGUUAUAUUAAUUACCAAAUCAUUACCAAAUAUCUCUACAUUGUAGAGGGUAAGACUGGUUCCGAUUUUACAGAUACCAACUUAAUUUUAUUGUAGUCUGGCAAGCUAGUGUCUUCCUUCACUUACGACGGGUGCAAGACAGAGAUAGAACUAUGCAACUGACAAGGUGAAGUAAAAUUAGGUUGAUGUCUGCAGGAGUCAGCACCAGUAAGUCUACAAAAUUAUCACGUUUAUUGUUAUUAUGUGUAAUUGUAAUAAAUUAUAUCGAUGUAAAUGUCUUGAAACCAGUCUUCGACGGUGAAUUGUUCAACUGCAAAUACAUGUAGCAAAUAAAUGUCUAUUUCGCGCAAAAUAUAACUGCAGUAAGUAUUUUCUUUAACGCUACCUCUCUGGGAUGUGCCAUUCGUGUUAAAUAGGUAAUCGUCAAACGGUUGCAGUUGAACAAUCUGAUAUUUGUACGUAUAAACCCUACUCUAUCGCCCGUGUUCAAAGAUGUUAACUCGCACCUUAAAGAAGACUCGCCUCAAAAUCGGUAUUAUAGACGUCGCCUCUCCUUAUCUCUAGUAUAAACCAGUGAGGUCGAAUCGAAGCAUGACGUCAAUAUUUUCGUAUUAUUUUUUUGGCAGUAUUGUAUGCUCGACUCGAGUGAGUAAGGUCCUCAAGUCUUUUUUUAAUUUUCGACUUGACUUGUUGGAGAUUUGCGGGUGCCCAGUUGGGCGCGAACCUCGGCUCAAGGCGUUGUCUGAGAGGAAGAAUAUUUGAAAGAAUUAAUCGACCCUAGAAGGUCGAUAGUGAUAAGCGGUGAAUGAAAGAAAUCGUCGACCACGCCGGCGGGGUCGGGGUUCUGAAGUGUCUGGUGUCGCGAGCUGAUUGGCCGCCUCUAUGGCUAGCAGGUCAUCAAGUCAGUCAAGUAAAUGUCAA